ACGAAAAUGGAACUGACAACUAUUAUUCUUGUUUCAGCGUUUCUAGUGUUGGUGUCGUUGUGGUUCACAUUAAGGAAAAAACACCCCAAUUCGUUACCAGGCCCAGCAGGUUUACCAAUUGUGGGUUAUUUGCCCUUUUUGACAAGUAAACCUUACAAAAAGUUCGCGAAAUUAGCAAAAAGAUAUGGCCCUGUCUAUAAGGUGCGGCUCGGAGGCAUUGAUGUCGUUAUUCUGACAGAUUACAAUUCGAUCAAGGAAGCCUUUGCAAGCGAUGCUUUCAUGGGAAGGCCUACGGAUAGCCCUUUCGAGUUUAGCGAAGGAUCAAUAAGAACUGGUGCUUUUACGGAUAUGGCAUGGAGAGACCAAAGGCGCUUUGCUUUGAGAAUGUUGAGAGAUCUAGGUUUCGGGAAAACGAAAAUGGAAGAGCACUUAAAAGAUGAAAUCCUUGAACUGUUAGAGCGCAUGGAUCAGCUGGAAGGAAGUCCGACCAAAAUGUCUGACAUCUUAGCUCCGAGCAUGUCAAACAACAUUGCUUCCUUGUUAUUUGGCAGACGUCUUAAGUACAAUGAUCCUAGAAGGAUCAAACUUGAUAAGAUGAUCAGUGACGUCGGAAAAAUAGCUGGAUCAACUAUAUGGCAAAUGUUCUUUCCUUUGAUCAACUCUAUACUUAAAAAAUUACAAAUAGGAAACAAUGGAAAACUGACCCGUGCAAAUAGGGAAGUGAAGAAAUAUAUAGAGGAUGAACUGGUGGAACACGAGAAAAGUCUAGACGUCAAUAAUAUCAGAGAUUUUAUGGACUGUUACUUGCUAGAGAUACAGAAGAAGGCGAACGAUCCAACUACAGCUUUUCAAAGGGAUGUUCUGAUCGACUUGUGUGGAGCCUUUUUCGGUGGUGGAAGUGAAACUGUUCGAAUUUCGGUCGACUGGUUGUUACUGAUUUGCGCACAUUUCCCCGAAGUUCAAAGGAAGAUUUUCUCCGAAAUUCAAGAAGUCCUCGGACACGAUCGCUUCCCCUCCCGAGCGGAUCACGUGAACAUGCCGUACACGGAGGCGGUCAUUCUCGAAAUGAACAGAUGGAAGACCAUCAUUCCACUCAAUUUGAUGCGAUAUACUCUGCAAGAUACUGAGUUGAAUGGAUACUUCAUCCCUAAGCACACUAAUGUACUGUCAGUCGUUUGGGCUGUUCACAACGACCAAAAGCUGUGGGGAACUGAUGUUGAAGAAUUUAAGCCUGAAAGGUUCCUCAGCGAAGACGGCAAGAAAGUGCUGAAGCCCGAUUUUUACAUUCCAUUCUCAAUAGGCAAACGCCAAUGUCCCGGAAAGGCCCUCGCCGAAGUCGAAGUGUUCCUCUACAUAGCCGCCAUUCUCCAGCGAUUCGAAGUUUCAAUGCCGCCGGGCAAAAAGGCAGACUUGGAAGGAGAGUUGGGAGCUGGACUUCAACCAAAGAGGCAGGGCAUCUUAUUCAAACGACGUUCAUAGAUUUCGUCCAAUUUAAAUGGUCAAAUAUUGGCCUAAAUUCAGAGUUUCCUUAACAUCUAGUUCGUCAAAGUUUUCAUGCAAGCAAGUUACUGAAAUGUGAUAAAGCCUGUAUAAAUUGUUAUUUUUUUUUCUCAUAAUGUUCACUCCUUUUCACUAUUGUCUUUUGAUAUACUACUUAUUACAGAUGAAUUCAUAGACUACAGUUUAAAAAGUAAUUUGUGUUAAGCAAUCUUCUUUUUUAAAAUUAAAAUUAACGUAUAAGUUAGCUAAUUAAUUACGUUGCGAGAAUUGUAACCAACAAUUUCAAAUCAAUUUUAACACUAAUCAUUUUAAGUAAGAUUUUUUUAAAUAAGUUUACUCUCAAUAGAUAAGCUGAAUGAACUGCUGUUAAUACUAGCGUCUUUAAAAAUUUUAUGAUCUCUCACCCUAUUUUUUUAUAAUUUUAGUUAUUUAUUUAUUUAUUAAUUUAUUUUUCAUUUUCUGAAGCGGGAGCAGCAGGGGAAAACAAGAGUUCACAUCAGCAAAUGGUAUAGUGCACCUCAUGCUUUUUGGCAUUCGUCUUCAGAUAAAUCUAGUCAUAGUGUGGCAAUCAUAAGUUGAGGCAUAACCUUGACAAUGCUAGCCUUUUUCCGGAAAGUUGAAUGAAAAGGAUGCGUUAUUGACACGGGUUUGAGUUGGAACACCUUUGCAAAACUAGUGAAAAAAUAACCCAACUCACUUCAGCGCCAAUCGUCCUUCUCAAUUACCCCCAAAAGAAUGAAGUAUUUUCAAUGUCACGCCUCAACUUAUAAGAGUCACUCUAUAAAAAGCAAUUGAAAACAAAAGAAAUCAAGGUUGCUGAUAUCAAGAAUUUUCGUAACGAGUUUUCUUCGUGAAGCAUCGUUGCUUGUUUAUAAUUUUUCAAGCGUCAAGUCGUGUAUAUACAAUAAUCAAUUUUUAUAGGUUGCCAUGUGCCAACAAUGAUGAGGCGGUCUAUAUACUAGAAACAGAAAUUCUGAUAUUUGUUUUCACUCCCAAGAUCUUUUUGCAAGAUCUCUUGUUACUGCUCCCAACGAUACUAACACUUAUAAAAGAAAUCUUAUUGAUUUGGUGUAUGUUCAUUAAUUUUUGUCUCUCUUUGAGAGGAAUGAAUACAUUUUUUUCCUUAAAAAACUGAGAAAAAAUAGUGGUAUUUGGAUAAUUGAAAGUCAGUUCGAUGAAGUUCGGAUGAGCAGCGCUCCUAGUA